CUCUAUCUUUUUAUUAUUUUUGUGUGGUCCUUGUCAUUUUCACUUAUUAUUAUAUUUAUUUAUUUUUUGGUUCCUCCUUGCCGACACUGCUUCCCGUCUCUCUUCUUCCUCGUUUUUUUUUUGUUUUCUUUUUUCGGUGGAGGAAGCUUGAAGGUCUGUGAUGUGUGGAAAAAGCGAGGCUGAGUUCAUUUAGAAAAGGAGUUGAGCUCGUCUUAUUACUCUUCUCCUCCCUUCUUUUUUUUUAAAAAAAAAAUCUGGUUUUGUUUGCCGUGAGGUCUGUGAUGUGGGAGAAGGGAGGCUGAAUUUGUUUUGAAAAAGGGGUUGAGCUCGUGUUCUGAGGUGUGGAAAGGGGUUGAGCUCGUUUUUGGAAAGGGGUUGAGCUUGUUUUGGAAAGAGGUUGAGAUCGUUUUGAAAAGGGGUUGAGCUCGUUGCCCGUAGAAGGUUUAAGAAGAGUUCGUCGAUGGUGGCGCCGAGCUUGCCGCCUGAUGUUCCGAGCUUGUUAAUGGCGGGUCCGAGCUCGUCGACGGUGGUUUUGAGCUCGUCUCCUGUUGCUUUGAACCUGUUGAUGGUGGCUCCAAGCUUGCCUCUUGAUGUCCCAAGCUCGUCGAGGGCGGAUCCGAGCUCGCCUCCUGAUGUCACGGGCUUGUCAACGGCGGAUCUGAGCUCGCCUCCUGUCGUCCCGAGCUUGCCAAUGGCGGGUCCGAGCUUGCCUCAUGUCGUCCCGAGCUUGCCGACGGUGGGUCCGAGCUUGCCGACGGUGGCUCUGAGUUCGUCUCUUGUCGCUCCGAAUUCGUUCGUGGUGGCUCCAAGCUCAUCUCCUGUUGUUACUUCGGGUUCGUUGUUGGUGAAAGAGUAUGGUCGAGAUGCGGAGGGCACGAGCUUGCCAUUGGUGGGGUCGAGCUCGGCUUUUGUUUCAAGUUCAUCAGUUCCUAGCUCGUUCCUAGGUUUGAGCUUGUUGUUUGCUGUUCCGAGCUUGUCGUUAUCGAUGGAGUCGUGUCACAGUGAGGUGGGGUUGAGCUCGUCGUCUUUUGGUUCGAGCUCGUCUUUCAUUCCGAAUUUAUCUUCUGUUGUGCCAAACAUGCCGUCGGUGAUGGAAACGUCGGAGCUGAGUUUGCUGAUUGGUAUGCCGUCGGAUGGGAAGGUUGCUUGUGAGCAGCUGUCUUUAUUAGUUCAUAAGAUGGAGCUUGCCGAUGGCCGCAAGUCGUGGUCGGAGAUUGCCGAAUCUGUCAUUGCUGUUGAGUUAGGUAUUCUUACUGGAAGUGAAGCAGAAGAUAGGGUAAGCAUGAGUUUGAUCGAGGAAGGGACUGGGUUUCUUUUUGAUGAGCAUGGGACUAAUUUAGCGGUGGAGCCUGGCGUUGAGGGGUCGAGGUUGUCUUUGACAAAGAAGACUAUGUUAGAAACUGUCCGGGAGCAUGAGCAGAUGCGGCUGGCGAACUCUUCCCAAACUAAAGAGUCGUCGUUGAAAACUACAAGUUCCUCUGAUGAUAGUUCGUACUCGAGUUCUCAUAGUGAGAAGUUUGUGGAUAGUGCUGAUGUUGCUGGUGAAUAUGAUAACAUUUCUUAAGAUGAGAAACGAGAUGAUGACGUUGAAAACGUUGAUAUUGAGGAUGAUGGUGCUCUGGGGAGCGCUGAUGAUAAGUGGAAUAUGACCUGUGACGUUAAUGUUGGCGAGGAAAAUGAUCAAGACGAGUAUGCUAGUGACGGUGAUCAUGCUGCUGUUGGAGAUGACGAGAUGGGUGACUGAGAUAGUGUAGAUGGACGUAGUGAUUUUAGUGGUGAGUGUGAUGACUUUAGUGAUGAGCAGGAUAGUUAUAGUGGUGAGCAAAGCGGUGUUAGUGGUAGUCUAGGAGUCAUUGUUGUAGAUGAUGGGAGGGAUGAUACUGAUGGAGGCAGUGAUCGUCGAGCCGAUGUUACCGAUAUUUUGAGAAAAAUAAAACAAGAAAGUGUGGCUGCCUCCCUUGCUGGAUCGCUUGAUGUCUUUGGUAAUCUUUGUGGCUAUGGGAAGAAGAAAAAGAGGGUCAGGAAGGCGAGGGAAAGGCCUAGGAGUUUCGUAGGUCCUCUUGUUAAUCAUCCGGAUCUAUCGGAGUCAUUUCCUUCUAUUGUUGAUGAGGAUACGAUUAGGUGGAUCUCAGCCAACUGUUGCCGUAAUGGUGUCAUAGAAGCGCGUAUUCCUGGCGAGGAUGAACGUCCGUGGACGGUUCCAGAUGGGUGGGUUUGUGUUUAUGACUUCUGGUUCACCGAGUAUCAUUUGUGGUUUCCCUCCCGAGGUUGUUGCUGGCGUAUUGUGAUGAACAUCUUAUUGCACUCGCUCAACUUACUCCUGCUGCUAUUCGAAACAUAGUUGCAGCUUUGUUCACAGCCGCAAAUAUUGGUGUUCACAUGAGCCUAUGCUUGUUUGAACGUAUUGCACAUAUUACUCGGUGUGAUAAGACGGACGGGGCUUUUUAUGUGUCUAUGAAGGCUGGCUGUGGUGUUGUUGGGGAGAGGAAGAGAAAAACAUUAUAUUGGAUUAAGAAGUUUUUUUAUGUUCGAAUUGCGCCUUCGUCAGUCCCUGAUGUUUCUGAUAUGAGUGUCCCUUUUAGGAGUAGUUGGAAUCCGUACAAUGGUAGUUUAACUCUUAUUGGUGUGUUCUUGUUUGACAUUCUUAUUGAUUGUUGUCUUGUUUUGCAGGUCGUCAUUUAGUUGGUGUUCCUCUUGUUCCUGGUGAUAGUGAGUGCGUGGAAUACUUCAAGGAGACGAAGGCUCGGGAUUGGACUGUGGUGAGGCGAUCGGAGGUUUGGCGGCGCAUCCCGUUUAUUGACUCAGCUUGUUGGAGAAAAAUGGAUUUGAGCGAGAUUCCGAGUUUGGUUGAUUGUUUUGCUGGAGCAACUAGGCACCGAGCUACGUGACGCUGUACUUGUUUCUCUGCCUCUUUCUCUCAGUAAUAUAGGAUGACACAAGCAUUCCAACUGAGAUCAAGGUUCCAAUUCUUAUAGCUUUCCACCGCCACAUAUACGAUCGUGACUGGCAUUUUGUAUAUAAGUGGUGAGGAAAAGAACAAGGUUCUAAUGGAGCAAUUUCAUCAUGUGUCUGCAGCAUUUCUGGAGCUUGAAAAAGGAUAUCAAGAGAUUAUUGAAGAUAUAACUAAAAGAAUGGGUGCAGGAAUGGCCAAAUUCAUUUCCAAGGAGAACUAGAAACAGUAACUCCAAACUGGGAGCAGCUUUCCAAUUCUACAGGUUUAUUUUUGCAGAAAACAAACAUCAUCAAAGAUUACUUUGAGGACGUUAAUGAAAUACCAAAACCACGCAUGUUUUGGCCUCGUGAGACUUGGGGAAAAUAUGUUGACAAACUCGAGGACUUGAAAGAUGAGGACAAAUCAACAAAAGCAGUGCAGUGUUUGAAUGAUAUGAUCACUAACGCAUUGAUUCAUGUUGAAGAUUGUUUGAAAUCUAUGGCUGCAUUGCAUGAUCCUGCAAUAUUACAGUCUUGUUCCAUCCCUCUGAUUGUGGCGAUAGGAACACUUGCAUUAUGCUAUAACAACGUGCAAGUAUUUAGAGGUUCCUUGAAACUAAGGCGAGGUAAGAUGAUUUUAUCUAAUCCCAAGGCUGAACAUUAGUUAGUGAGUCAAAGUAUAACUGAGUUAUAAGACAAACAUUGCUAUGUGAAAAGGGAUUUAUUGACAUAAGAUUUAUAUGCUUUAGGCCUAAUUGCUAAGGUAUUUGAUCGCACAAAGACAAUGGAUGAUGUCUGUGGUGCAUUCUAUGAUUUUUCUUGCAUGCUAGAAACAAAAGUAUGUUGCAUUCUAUAUUCGUCUUUAGAAUGCUCAUUAUUUUGAUAGUCAUACCAUUAAUUUGGUUUCAUUGAGAUAUGUUAAUAGGCAGGGCUGUCUCAAACUUUACGGAGACCAUGUUCAAAAAAAAUAAGACCUUUUAUAAUAAUCUAAAAUAAUUUAUGUUUUUCUGACAAAAUAUUGUAAUAUAUAAUAAAUACACUAAUCUAAUUUAAUUGGAAGAAGCAUCUUUUUCUUUUAUAAUUGAAAACUUAUGAAAAACAUCUUUUCGGGACUAUGAAUUUUUCAGUUUUUUUCUUUUCUUUUGAUUCUUUUUGUAUCCACAAUUAAGAGUUAUAAUCUAUAAAAACACAAACAAAACAAUAGAAUCUUGAUUGUGGUUAGAAAAAAAACCGUGGACUCUUGAUUUGAUUAAACAAGAAGUUGGAGACUCCUCAGUUUUAUUCUCGAUAGAUGCUUAGACUAGUGUUUCUUUUUUGUGUUUACUAUUUUUUGUAAACGUUGCUGAAAAAUUAUAUAUUUCCCUCUUUAUUUACAAUCACUAAUUAAUAUAGUUUCCUAAAUAUAAUCAAAUUAGAAUAUUAACUUUCUAAAUUUACAUUGAAUAAUAAAUCAAACACCAACAGCUAUUUUUUACUUUCCAAAAUAUAUAAUUGAUAUAAUGUUAAUUUCUUCCUGACUUAUUGCAUUUUUGUUGGUUAUGUAAACAAAAUCAAAUUUGUAAUUUACAUAUAUUGUUUAAUAAAUAUGAAAAUUAAAUUAAAUUUAGUUAUCUGAUUUUUAAAAAAUACAUGAUUUUAAAUUUAUAGCUAUUACUAAAAAAAAAUUAUGGAUCCUCUAAAAUUUUGGACCAUGUUCGACCGCUACACUUGCACGUGAGGCCCUGUUAAUAAGUUGACAAGAAGGAUCCAAAUGCCAUGAAAACAUUAAACCGACUCGAGACCAUCAAGAAAGUAUGCAGAGAAUAUGGAGGAGACAUUCACCAGAGAAAAUCUUAUGUAAACGAUGAAAUACAAUCAAAUGCUCUCUUUAAACUGCAGACUGUAGCGCUUGUGCCUCUACUGGCCACAGUGGUCUUGCCGUAUCUAAAACACAAAAAAUAACGCGACUCUUACCUGUAAGUCUAUGACGACAUUUCAAAGAUCUUGAAAUCAUGAUGAACAUUAUGUCUAGGCUCCUGGAAGAUUUUAUCAAACUUCAUUCACGUAACUCUCUUUUUCUUAUCAGUUUUUUUUUAAAAGAACUCGGUUUGCUCUGAGUUCAUAAGACUGUCUUUACUUGCUGCCUUUCUUUUCUUUUCUUAUUUUAUGUUAUCUGGAGUUUGAAUAAUCGUACCUUUUCUUCAUGUAUCUCCCUUGAUUAUGAGUAAGUUCGAUACCGGAAUUGCAAGGCAAUA